CGCGUGGCGGCAGUAACAGUCAUUAACAGUAGUCCUGGCAGUAACAGGAGAUCGAAGAAGAAGCAGUUGCCUUCCUCUCUCACCGGGUGUGGAAAUGGCGGCGUCCGUUUGCCGAGUCGGGAGCACCUUCGGGCGAGUCCUCGCUAAAACCCGGAGUCCUAUCCUGCUGUCUUUGAGGCGUGGACAGGCUUCAGUCAGCUAUGCUCAAAGCCUUGCAGGAGUCCCUGAAACCCAACUGACUGCCCUUGACAAUGGUUUGAGGGUUGCAUCUGAAGAUACUGGACAUGCAACUUGCACGGUUGGACUCUGGAUCAGUGCUGGCAGUCGUUAUGAGAGCGAGAAGAACAAUGGAGCAGGCUUUUUCCUGGAGCAUGUGGCUUUUAAGGGAACAAAGAAGCACCCCCAAACUGCCCUGGAACAGCAGGUGGAGGCUAUGGGUGCUCACCUGAGUGCCUACACCUCCAGGGAGCAUACUGCUUAUUACAUGAAGACCCUUUCCAAAGACUUGCCUAAAGCUGUGGAGUUGUUGUCGGAUGUGGUGCAGAGCUGCUCGCUGAACGAGGCAGAAAUCGAGCAGCAGAGGAACGUGGUGCUGCGUGAGCUGGAGGAGGUGGAAGGCAACCUGCAGGAAGUCUGUCUGGACCUGCUGCAUGCCACAGCCUACCAGGGCACACCGCUUGGACAGAGUGUGUUGGGGCCCUCCAGCAGUGCCAGGAAUCUGACCCGUCAGGACUUGGUGGAUUACAUCAACAGCCAUUAUAAAGCUCCCCGCAUGGUGCUGGCUGCUGCAGGAGGUGUGAAUCAUGAGGAGUUGGUGGGUUUGGCCAAGUCUCAUUUUAGUGGAGUUUCUUUCGAGUAUGAGGGAGAUGCUGUCCCUGUUUUGUCCCCCUGCCGGUUCACUGGUAGCGAGAUCCGUAUGCGAGAUGAUGCUCUGCCUCUGGCACACAUUGCCAUUGCUGUGGAGGGUGCUAGUGUUUCCAGUCCAGACAUCGUGCCCCUCAUGGUGGCCAAUGCAAUCAUUGGCAGCUAUGACCUUACAUACGGUGGUGGAAAGCACCUGAGCAGCCGUCUGGCUCGCCUGGCAGUGGAGGACAAACUGUGCCACAGCUUCCAGGCCUUCCACUCUGCCUACAGCGACACUGGCCUGCUUGGCAUCUACUUCGUGAGUGACAAGCACAACAUUGAUGACAUGAUGCACUGGACCCAGAACGCCUGGAUGAACCUUUGCACCACAGUCACAGAGAGUGAUGUUACUAGAGCCCAAAACGCUCUGAAGGCCACCUUGAUUGGACAGCUCAACGGAACAACGCCAAUUUGUGAUGACAUCGGCAGACACAUUCUGAACUACGGACGGCGUAUUCCUCUGGCAGAGUGGAACGCCAGGAUUGAUGCUGUAACUCCUAGGAUGGUGCGUGACAUCUGCUCCAAAUACAUCUAUGAUAAGUGUCCUGCAGUAGCAGCUGUCGGUCCUAUUGAGCAGCUGCCCGACUACAACAGAAUGCGAAGUGCAAUGUACUGGCUCAGAUUUUAGGCAAAGAAACUGUGUUGUUCAGUUUGUCCUCUUCCCCUUGGCCUAGCUAUUCUUCUAUCCCUGCAAAUGUUAACACAAUCCACCCCUGUCUUCUCUCCCUUUUUAUUUUUUUUUAUCCCACCCCCCUCUGACUAGUCACCCAUGAGGGAUGCCGCAAGUCUGUCCAUAAAAUAUACUCUGUAUAUUAAUUGUAUACUCAUCAUCUGAAACCUUGUUGUAGAGAAAAUUGCAAUGAUUACAGAGUUGGUUUCAUGAUAAUUACCUAAAAUAAUUCAGCAAAAAAAAAAAAUCAAUGUCAGAUGGAGCAACAAGAGUAUAUUUAUACAGACCGUAUACAUUGUUUUAUGUCCAUUAUUGUACAUACCAGAAGCUGUCAUUCAGACGGAAAUAAAAACGGUGAAACUUU